AUCUUGGUUGUAAACAAUAAUGGGUUCCUAUGCACCAUCCCAGAUGAGUAGUCCUUCAAUCAAUGUUACAGAGGAAGAGAAACCAGAGCCUCCAAUGUCAACUGCUGACUUCAAGGAGACACUCUCUACCCUUCCAAAAGUGAAAGACUGGACAGGGUUGGACUAUAUCUAUGAGUAUGAAGGUUUUUGGCACCAUGAAUACUUCUUGGAAGGAAUCAUAUCAGCUCAACAACACUACAAGCCACAACCUUCUGAUAUAGUCUUAAGCAGUGUUCCAAAAUCAGGCACAACUUGGCUCAAGGCUCUUGCCUUUUCGAUCGCGACUCGACAUUGUUACGAUGACUUCACCACCACCAGUCUUCUGCUCACUAAGGUUCCUCACAAGUGUGUUCCAAGAUUGGAGGUUGAUCUGGUUGCUUCUCCAAGUCACUAUGACCAGAAGAACAAGAGGGAAGUUCCACUUGUGGCUACACAUGUUCCUUUCACUUCCUUACCAAAAUCACUCAUUGAUUCUGAUUGCAAGAUUGUCUACAUAUGCAGGGACCCCAAAGAUGCAUUUGUCUCAAUGUGGCAUUUUUUUCACAACAUAUUUUCACCUAAAGGUGUUGAAAUCCUUCCAUUGGAGGAAGCUUUUGAGGAGUUCUGCAAAGGCUUGGUCUUUUGUGGACCCUAUUGGGACCAUGUUUUGGGGUAUUGGAAGGCCAGCCUUGAACUUCCUGGAAGGAUUUUGUUCUUGAAAUAUGAAGAAAUGAAGAGAGACACUGAAGGGCAAGUAAAGAUAUUGGCUGAAUUCAUGGGAUUUCCUUUCUCAGCAGAGGAAGUGAAAGAUGGAGUUGUUGAGAAAAUAAUAAAAAUGUGCAGCUUUGAGUGUUUGAGCAGUCUGGAGGUCAAUAAGAAUGGAAAGAACGGAGAAGACACGCCAUUUCCGGUUAAAAACAAUGUGUAUUUCAGGAAAGGAGAUGUUGGGGAUUGGAAGAACCAUUUGACAUCCGAGAUGGCAAAACGAUUGGACUCCAUAUCUGAUUACAAGUUCAGCGGUUCAGGCCUGAACUUGAAAUCUUACGGAUAAGAGGCUAG